AGGGGCGGAACCCGGAUGACCGAUGACCCCCUUUUAGGCGCGGCCCGCGUCUGCCGGCGGAAAAGCGGCUUAAAGGCGACGCGUGGCGCGAUGGCGGCGCCCCCGCGCGUGUGUGGACUGCCGGGCCCCGCGCUGCAGCUGCUGCUGCUGCUGCUGCUCCUGCCGCUGGGCGGCCCGCGGGGCGCCGCCGCCUACUUCCCCGAGGAGCGCUGGAACCCCGAGUCGCCUCUGCAGGCGCCGCGCGUGCUCAUCGCGCUCGUAGCGCGAAACGCGGCCCACGCGCUGCCGGCCACGCUAGGCGCCUUGGAGCGGCUUCGUCACCCGCGGGAGCGCACGGCGCUGUGGGUGGCAACAGACCACAAUGCGGACAAUACCUCUGCCGUGCUGCGGGAGUGGCUGGUGGCUGUGAAGGGCUUAUACCAUUCUGUGGAGUGGAGGCCGGCAGAGGAACCCAGCUCCUAUCCGGAUGAGGAGGGUCCCAAACACUGGUCUGAUUCCCGCUAUGAGCACAUCAUGAAGUUACGUCAGGCAGCCCUGAAGUCAGCUCGGGACAUGUGGGCCGAUUACAUCCUGUUUGUGGAUGCUGACAAUCUGAUCGUUAACCCUGACACGCUGAGCCUGCUCAUUGCAGAGAACAAGACAGUGGUGGCACCGAUGCUGGACUCCCGCGCCGCCUACUCCAACUUCUGGUGUGGAAUGACGUCCCAGGGCUACUACAAGCGCACACCUGCCUACAUCCCCAUCCGCAAGCGGGACCGCAAGGGCUGCUUUGCUGUGCCCAUGGUGCACUCCACCUUCCUGAUAGACCUGCGCAAGGCAGCAUCCAGGAACCUGGCCUUCUACCCACCCCACCCCGACUACACCUGGUCCUUUGAUGACAUCAUUGUCUUCGCCUUCUCCUGCAAGCAGGCAGAGGUGCAGAUGUACGUGUGCAACAAGGAGGUGUACGGCUUCCUGCCCGUGCCACUGCGCGCCCACAGCACCCUGCAAGACGAGGCUGAGAGCUUCAUGCAUGUGCAGUUGGAGGUCAUGGUGAAGCAUCCCCCCGUGGAGCUCUCCCGCUUUGUCUCGGCACCCACCAAGACCUCGGACAAGAUGGGUUUUGACGAGGUCUUUAUGAUCAACCUGAGGCGGCGGCAGGACCGGCGGGAGCGCAUGCUGCGGGCCCUGCAGGAGCAAGAGAUCGCCUGCCACCUGGUGGACGCCGUGGAUGGCAAAGCCAUGAACACCAGCCAGGUGGAAGCUUUGGGCAUACAGAUGCUGCCUGGCUACCGAGACCCUUACCAUGGGCGGCCCCUCACCAAGGGCGAGCUGGGCUGCUUCCUCAGCCACUACAACGUCUGGAAGGAGGUAGUAGACCGCGGGCUGCAGAAGUCACUGGUGUUCGAGGAUGACCUGCGUUUUGAGAUCUUCUUCAAGAGACGUCUGAUGAACCUCAUGCGGGAUGUGGAGCAGGAAGGCCUGGGCUGGGACCUCAUCUAUGUGGGCCGGAAGCGCAUGCAGGUGGAGCAUCCUGAGAAAGCUGUGCCCCGCGUGAGGAACCUGGUGGAGGCUGAUUACUCUUACUGGACACUAGCCUACGUGAUCUCCCUGCAAGGUGCUCGCAAGCUGCUGGAUGCUAGGCCACUGACCAAAAUGCUGCCCGUUGAUGAGUUCCUGCCUAUCAUGUUCGACAAGCACCCAGUGUCAGAGUACAAGGCCCACUUCUCCCCCCGCAACUUGCGUGCCUUCUCUGUGGAGCCCCUGCUUAUCUACCCCACACACUACACAGGAGACGAUGGCUAUGUGAGUGACACAGAGACCUCAGUUGUGUGGAAUAAUGAUAAAGUCAAGACUGAUUGGGAUCGUGCCAAGUCUCAGAAGAUGCGAGAGCAGCAAGCUCUGAGCCGGGAGGCUAAAAACUCAGAUGUGCUCCAGUCCCCGCUGGACAGUGCUGCCCGUGAUGAACUCUGAUGGGAGAGAUGGCAAAAAGCCAAAACACGCAUUGCAGGCCCAGCCUUCACACGCUGGCUGGGACAGCAGACACCUGGGGUGACCGCAGAGUGCUUUGCAUGCAGGGUGGUGUCUAUCCAGCUCUUCUUGCUUAGCAUCCACUCACAUUGCAGGCAGCAUUAAUGGUGUGCCAGGAAUAGGGUGUGGCACUGGGGGAUUGGGCAGAAAGAAGUCUUUAUCUGUUCAUAUGUCCACAUGUACUGAGGACCUGCAGUAUGCAAGAUUCUGUCUUUCAGCAGUGAAAGGCACUGAUUCCCUAUAUCAGUGAUUGAUUUGAUCAUCAUUUAUUGAUCAAACUAAGUAGCAGGUAUUAGGGAAAUACUCAUUUUUAAGGCCAUUUAAGUAUUUAUUGAGUGUCUAAUGUGUGGUGGGCACUAUUCAAGGGAGUACCAAGAUAAGACAUUUAGAUUCAUUCAAACAUAGCAAGCACCUACUGUGUGCCAGGUACUUGUGGCACACUGAUGAGUGCCUACUGUGUCAGGAGCUGAGCUAAGUGCUUGGGGAAAAGUAACAUGGUGCUUCUCUAAUGGGUUUCUUGCAUUGCACACCUCCUAUGCUCAAAGCACUGGGUACAAACAAUAUGACAGUUCAGUCAGUAUUAUAAUUUACAUCUGUGUUCGGUUGAAAUGAACUUCAUAGAACAAGCAUUCAUUGAGCACAGUCUGUGUGCCAGGCCUCAUGGGUUCCCAUGUUGGGUUGAAAAAUGGCUGACAUCCCCCAAUUUGAUCUGUGUGCAUAAAACAUCCUCCCACAGCUCUGAAGGGAGGGCAGCGCUCUCUUACCUGGGAUAAAUGCCAAGUCCCAGCAUCCUCAAGGACAUUGGUACCCCCCCAGAGGGGGCACAGGUGGGAGCUGGGCCUCCCUUGCCCAAACCUAUUCCAUGUGCUUGAACACCCCCUUUGCAUCUCAGGGGUAGUCCCUGCCUGCUUCUCUGGUCAAGGAUUCUCUGGCCAAACCUGGGGCGGGAUCAUGUUUUGGAGGGGCAGCUAUUUAUGGGGUGCUGCUCUUAGCCAGGGUGGGACAUGAAAUUUCCAGUAGGGGCCAGAGGGAUCACUGUGCCUUCAAGUCAAACCAAACGUCACAGCCAGCAAACGGGGUACCACCUUCUUGGAGGUGACUGCUCUCUGUGUCAGGUCUUGGAUAGCUUGCUCUAUUUUUUUAAUUAAAUGUUCCUUUUGGUUUUCACCGAA